GCGUUUUGUACUGUAUAAAUAGCCGAGUGUCGUUACCAGUUGUCAUCAGUCACAUCCAGUGCUCCAUCAGCUCAACACACAGCUACAGCAGAUUCCCAAAUAGAAGCGAGAAAAUGGCUGCUAUGAAGAUGACAUUAGGAUUGGCUGUGCUGAUGAUCGUCGAGUACGCCCUGGCCGUGGAAUACAGCUAUUACCAGGCCGAGCCCGAGCACUACGCUCCCGCCAAGUACUCGUUCGAGUACGCCGUGAAGGACGAGCACACCGGAGACAUCAAGAGCCAGCACGAGGUGAGGGAGGGCGACUCGGUCAAGGGAUACUACACCCUCGUGCAGCCCGACGGCAAGAAGAGGAUCGUCGAGUACACCGCUGACAAGAAAUCCGGGUUCAACGCCAUCGUCCACUACGAGGGUGAAGGCAAAUACCACUCCGCCACCAAGUACUCAGCUCCUGUUGCCACCUAUGUAGUUCCUGAAGUCAAAUACGAAGCCCCAGCUCCGGUUUACAAGUACGGAGCCCCAACUUACAAGUAUGAAGCCCCCACUUACAAAUACGAAGCACCCACUUACAAGUACGAAGCUCCCAGCUACAAGGCCUACUCAUCGGCAUCCGUACACACUCCUCACUACUCCUACAAGAUCUCAACAUAAUUAAGUUCACUAAGUCAACAAUAUAAACUUCAUAUCGAUGCAUAGACAUAGAGCGAACCUCUUUAUUUAUAAUUUUUGUACCUUUGUAAUAAAAUAUUCUUGACUUAAA